UGUGGCGCUGCGCGCUGGCCGGACGUGCGGGCACAAACUCAGUGCCCCGCUCCCGCUGCGCCCGCUGCUCCUCCACUCGGUCGAGCUCACAGCUGUCUGUGCCCCGAAAGGUGGCCAGACUAGCGCGGCGAGCCCCGAGGGAUCGGUCCUCAGCUCCUGCUGCGCAACGCCUUCAACAGCAACAGUAUAGUGUGCAGUGUGCACAUCUCUUUGCCCACUGGUGCAGACACUGAGCUGCACCUUGCCUGCCUCCCAUCACCAUGACAUCCACCUGCAUCAACAACACUCGAGAGAACAACAGCAGCCAAGCGUGCAUGCCCCUCUCCAAGAUGCCUAUUAGUCUAGCUCAUGGCAUCAUCCGAGCCACUGUGCUGUUCGCCUUCCUCAGUGUAUCCUUUGUGGGCAACGUAGUGCUGGGUUAUGUAUUGCACCGUAAGCCACAGUUGCUGCAGGUGACCAACCGGUUCAUCUUCAACCUCCUCGUCACUGACCUGCUGCAGAUUACUCUCGUGGCCCCCUGGGUGAUGGCCACCUCCAUUCCUAUCUUUUGGCCUCUCAAUAUCCACUUCUGCACAGCCCUAGUUAGCCUCACCCACUUAUUUGCUUUUGCUAGUGUCAAUACCAUUGUGGUGGUGUCGAUAGAUCGCUAUCUGUGCAUCAUCCACCCUCUUUCCUACCCAUCCAAGAUGACCAGCCGACGUGGUUAUGCACUCCUCUAUGGCACCUGGAUUUUGGCUGUCCUGCAGAGCACACCUCCUCUCUAUGGCUGGGGCCAGGCUGCUUUUGAUGAUCGUAAUGCUCUCUGUUCCAUGAUCUGGGGAGCCAGCCCCAGCUAUACCAUUGUCAGUGUGGUGUCGUUCAUUGUUGUUCCACUGGUUGUUAUGAUUGCCUGCUACUCUGUAGUGUUUGGUGCAGCCCGUCGGCAGCAUGCUCUGCUGUACAAUGUCAGGAGCCGCAGCUUAGGGGUGAUAGCCAAGGACUCUGUAAAGACUGAGAAUGGGCAGAGAAUAAAGAAGAGGGAUGAGUGCCAGGAUGAGAAUGAGUUGCAGUACGAAGAUGAAAGUCAGGCCAAGACCAUGGAAAGCGGCAUCCAGGUGGAAGAGGAUCCCAUUGAAGCCAUCAUCAGGAAGGCCAGAGGAAGAAGCCUAGAUUUUAGGGCAGGUAUUUCUGAGUCCAAAGGCAGUGAAGAUGACAGUAAUGGCAGCAUGGAUGGUCUGGAAGUCAGCAGCGAAGGGCAGGUGAGCAGCACAGAGGUCAAUCAGUGCAACAUCGACUUGGGUGAAGAUGACAUAGAGGAUGGCAUGGAUGACAUCCAUUUCAGUGAGGACGAUGUCGAGGCAGUGAACAUCCCCAUGACCCGCUCACGGAGUCGUCGAAACAGCAGCAGCAACCCACCUUUGCCCAGGUGCUAUGAGUGCAAAGCUGCCAGAGUGAUCUUCCUCAUCAUUUUCUCCUAUGUGCUGUCUCUGGGGCCCUACUGCUUUCUAGCUGUGCUGGCUGUGUGGGUGGAUGUGGAAACCCAGGUGCCCCAGUGGGUGAUCACCAUAAUCAUCUGGCUUUUCUUCCUGCAGUGCUGCAUUCACCCUUACAUCUAUGGUUACAUGCACAAGACCAUCAAGAAAGAAAUCCGGGAGGUACUGAAGAAGUUGUUCUGUAUGAAAAAGUCCUCUGUAGAAGACAGCCACCCCAACCUGCAUGACACCGAAGCUGGCACAGAUGGAGGGUCUGAAGGCAGGGUUGUCCCCUUCCAUGAUUCUGCCACUUCACCUUAAAGUUAGUUCUAAAGCACACUUCUAACUGUCCAUACAACAAAACAAGAGCAGCUUCUUUCAGUGCACCACCCACAAUCUCAUUAGUGCCGCUCCUCACCAUUUCAGGCAAAGGUGUUGCACAUGCGUCCCUUCCCACCACAAGGCAGAUAAUGUAAGGAAAAAGUAGAGACUUGGAUCUUUUCUGAAAGGUAAAGCCCAUCAAAGAAUGGACCUGAGGAUUCCUACCAAAUAUAUAUACAUAUAUUAGGCUCCAAAUUUCCUAAAACAAGGGCUAUCUGGUUUGGAACUGUUCUUGGUGUUUUGCCUGCCUCCCCAAAGCUACAACAUGGCAGCUUUAGCUCUGAGUAAAAGGGAAAGUGAUGCCUGUGAACAUAAGAACUCUUUGGCCUUCAGGUCAGGAACUCAUGGGCUGGGGCUAUAGACUGUGUUCAACUGAAAGAAAAGCAACUGACCAAAUAACUUUUGGAGCCCCCAAAGCAGAGCAAGGUGGACUGAUCAUCGUAUGAGUCUGUACUGAAGAGCCCCACCAUAUGGUGCAAAGGCUAUAAUGCAAACUUCGACAAAGGGGAACCACACAGUUAGACUAUAUAUAAAGCUUCUAGGUUCUCUAAAGGAAUAGAAAAAAGGGCAUACACGAAAUGGGGAGCUAGUUCAAAGGAAGACAUGGAGAAAUAAGACGUAUCCAUGGAGCUAAACAAUCGUGUUUCUUUAUCUUUCCCUCUCCUCUCUUUCUCCAUCCUCCCCCACCCUGGGUUUCCACAUGGGCUAGGACUGACCUCUGCGCAAAUGGAAAAUUGUCAAUUGACACAAUCAUUUUCUGUUUCCUAUUUGAGUAACAACAGGAAAGAAAUGUCCAGUUCAUUUAUAUUUUAUCUCUUCCUCCUCACAGAUUCCAGCAUGAGCUUCUCAAGGGGGAGAGGUAAACGACUGUGAUAAUCUCAGACAAGGCAUGGUAUCUAAAGUUAACCCUCACAUCACCCUUUAUUUUUCCAUCAACAUUGAUAUAGCAAAUUAAUCAUCAAAAACUGAUUAUACUGAUUUAUUGCUGAAGUUAUGUUGGCCCAUCCUUAAGAGAUACCUGGGUGAAUCGGUUUAUUUGAUGAGUUUCCUUGAGGGGGCAGGGGUAUUGCCUUACAGGUUUGAAACGGAUGCGUUCAAAAGUGGCGAUGCCUAUCCUAUUAGUAGAAAUGCUUAUAUACUUACAUGGAAAACAGAAUUUCAAAUGUGUUCCCAACAUUUUGUUGAAACUGAACUUCUUAUUUUAUUUUUAAAGCUCAACCCCUUCAAAGUGUAACAAAGAAAAUUGUUUGCCAAAAUUCAAAAUCCAAAUGGAACCAGAACCUGUCCAAGUGUGGUAAGUUCAUUCAACAACACACACAACAUUUUCCAGGGUGUGGAGACUCACCUGCUCCUAGCAUAGUCCAACUUUCCCUCUUUUAUUCACUGUCCAUUCUUGGGCAAAUUGGAUCUUUUAAAGAUGAUGAUCUUUUGAAAACAGGAUGGAAAGGACAGCCCUUCAAUUAAAGGCAUUCUGUCUUGAUGACAGUUUCUUUUAAUGAACAAUAGGGCUUCUAGAUAGCAUGGAGACAGCAACUGCUUCAAGUUUGGUGCUGUUUGAAUGAAGAGUUUUUACUACACACACUGUUUUGCCAUUUAAAAUAUGAAAUCACUCAAAAAGUCAUCAUUACCCUCACAGAUCAUCAUGUACAGUCACUUUCCCAAAAUGUUUUAAAGGGUGUAUUCUUUUAUCAAAUCAUCAUAUAUGUGCAGUAAAAAAGAGAUUCCAUUAGAUUAUGGGGUCCAGGAAAGCCAGACUUUGAAAUUAAGUGUUUUAAAUUUAAUAAUUUUCUUAUGUAAGAAUAAUAGAGGAGUCACGGGUGCUUUCACAUACCAAUUUAAGCAAGUUUUAGAAGGCAGUAAUAAAGAGAAAGCAUUGGAUUUCUGUGACAUCUGUGAUGUGAGAAAUCUUUCCUGAGAUAUUGCAAACAUUAGCCAUUAAAAACUUCCAUAUCCCUGCCUAACUCUUGCUACCAUGCCCCCUGCCCUUGCCUGACUCACUCCACUUCCCCCUGCCGUUUGGGCCCUUCUAGAAGAGCCCACGCUUGAAGAUGUAUACUCAUCCACUCCUCAUCCAUCCUUUCUAAACCUAGAUUCAUAGGAACCUGGGGUCCAUGGAUGAAGCAAGGAAAGAAAAUCAUAGGCAUGAUCAGAAAUUAAAGGUAUUUUUCUGUCACCUGUCCAACUCCAAUAUGAUUUAGAAGUGAUGAGCUAUCUACUUCAAAUCCAGCUGGUGAGGAAUGAUGUAAUUUUAGGGUUUACAAGAAAGUAGGCACCUCAUUUCUUAACAAUAAAACCACCAAGAAUAUUUUGAAAGCACAUUCAGUAUUGUAAAUACUGCCCAAUUAUUUCAGCAAAGCUAAGGCUGCAAGCUAAGGGCCAAGCUAAGAAUUCUGGUCAGUCAGGGCUUUAAACACUCUCCCUGCUUAACUAUGUCUCCAUUUUUUUUUAUUCCUCUGGGUCCCUGAAGGCCCCAAACCACUCCAAAGCUUAAGCAGGAGGAGGCAGAAGCAUGAUCUGGAAACAACAGACUAGAGCCUAAAGCCCUGGAAGAACAGACAUCUUUCCAAUUAAAUAAGAUAUCUUCCUCUAUGUAAAAUGUUUAACAUGGGCAUUAGCACACUUGGGCUAUAAGCAGCAAAAUUGGUUAGAGGAAGAAAUAGGAGAACUCAAAUAUGCUGAACUUGGCUACUGCCAGAUCACUGGCAAGUUCACAGCUUUUUGGCAAGUAGGGUAAGAAUCCUCAAGGAGCAUGAAGUUUGACCAUAGGAGUUAGGUUUCCAUCAUUGCCUCCCAAAGCGUCCAUAUCUUAAUAGUAUACACACUAAGGGGAAACCACAGCAACUUGUACAUGUAAGGAGGUUUUCUGUGUGAAGAUUAAUUGCUGUAUCUCUUUUGCUUUAAAAGAGACAAAAAAAAAACAAGAUUGAUUUUAGUUCGGUGCUUCAAACUUGAGUGGAUUUCCCGUCUUCAUCUGUUACAACUUCGCUGAAAAUUGGUACUUUUCUCUUGUGUCAGUGCUGUGUUCUCUUGUGGUAUUUCUUCUAAAUGUAAGCUCUAACUGUAUAUAAAAUGUGUUAUUGGAGAUAAGGUGCUAGAUAGUAGAUUGUAUGUGUUCAUAGCUAGUGUCAUCAGUAAAAAGUGAGUGAUGUGUACAUGUAAAAUUAGUUAACAAAAUGCAUGCAGUACUCUAUAUGUGACCCACAAUUUUAGAAGUAGAACAUAGUACAUAUAUUUACCUUUAAAAGUGUAUACUACAGGAUAUGUAAGACGGCUCCAAGGUGGUGUGGCAUACAGAGGUGCCCUUCAUUCCUUAAAUCCCUGGUAGGUGACAAACAAGAACUUAUUCUGGUAUAACUGGUAAUCAAUGUGAACUAACUUAUCGUCUUGGCUGAAGUCCUUGCUGGCAGUUAUCCACACUACACCUGGCACUGGUUAUACCUGUUGUCUUCGAUGUGUAGAGUGAAAAUCAGAGAAGACAGUCCUUUCCCCAUACAAGAGCAAGAACCCCAGGACAGGCUAUUGGAGUCCUGAUAGCAGGAUGAAAAAGAACACUGAAGUUUCAAGACCUAAACAGGAGCCAGUACCUGAUUGGGACGUUAUUGGACUUGCAUCUAGCUGAUUCAUAUUGUGACCAUCCCUGCCCUCCUAGAGAAGUGCCAAAACCCAGAAAAAGGCUGCUCUGGUUUUUUUCCCCUUUGGUUGUCUCACACAAGAUGCAGUAUUGAUAAAGAGACAGUGAGAAUUCUCGGGGUUGGGGGGGUGGAGGGUAGGGGUUGCAGCUCAGGUGUUUGAAGAGUUACAGUUAUAGAUCAAAUAUAUUUGCAAAAGAAAUCAGAUUAUUUUAUUAUAUUUUGAGAACAAAAGCAUUACAAGAGGAUAUAUAUAAAUAUAUAUGUACUCAUUAAAUCAUUCUAAAACUGCCUUUACUAGCAAAUUUCAUGUGCUAUUUUGAGACUGAGAACAAUAGGAAAACUGCACUCAGUCAAUAAAACAGUUCUCUUUAAUACUUUCCAUUUUAAAUUUAAACAUUUCCUUUAAAAAAAGGUUUGUAAUUUAAAAGUGCCUUUUCAAAGGAUUUUCAAAACUACAGUCCUGGGGCCAAGUUCCCAUUGGCACAACUUACCUUCAGGUGCACAAAUGGGGUGGAAUUUAUUGUCCACCUUUCAGCAAGAAGAGAAAUCCCCUCACAUUCCAAUCAAAUUUAUGAAUUGAUACUGUUACAUGGGUCAGUAGUCCCAGAGACGCUGCCCAAAGUCAAAGUUUCAUAUAUUGGAUGCUUUAAUUGAAUGCUUUCUAAACUGGUUACGAUGCAUUUAUUACUGGACAGGAAUAACAGACUCCUGCUUGGGGAAUGCAGAGAGGUUAACAUUGUGAUUUAACUAUUAUUAACUAAUGUUUGUGUUUCUUAAAUAGGUGCUGUUAAUCUGUCCUUGGUAUAUUCUUCUGAAACAUCCUAAAUAAAGUCUGAUUUUAUGUGUG